CUCUGGCUGAAUGAAGCAGGAAAAGAGAAAAGAGAAACAUGCCUGGUCACAUUUAGUUCCAGGCAAGAGGCUUGACUGCGGAGGUCGACUACGUUGUAAUAGUUGUAACAAACAAAAUACAUUUUAUGUACGGUAGUUUUGCAAAGAAAAUGUUAAACUGUGCGCAUUAUCACCACCACCAGCCUUGUGAUGGUCAGCUGGCAGGGGCGGCCGGACCGAGGGACGGCGCGGGGCUCUGGCGCUACCCGGCGGAGAGGGGCGACAUCGAGGCCGUGGAGGCGCUCAUGGCCAUGAGCAGCAGCUGGAAGGCCGGGGGCCACGCCCCCCGCGACCUCCGACCCCUCACGCCGUCUUCGGACAUCUCUGAGGAGGGCGCCCUCGUGCCCGGCUCUGCGGAAUUUCAGGGGUCGCCCUUUUGUAUGACACCACCGUGCAGCCCUUCAGACUUUGAGCCCAUGCACCCCGCUCAGUCUGCUGUGUGCCAGACGCUGCAGCCGGAGGAGGAGCUGGGUCCAGCGCCCGCCGUGCUGCCCAGGUCCUACACCGCCAGCGUGAUCCGCCACACGGCCGACUCCCUGCCCUGCACCUGCAGCGCCUGUCCCGCCGACCGGCCGGACCGUGACUCCUGCGGGGAGCGGGUGCCCGGCGGGGGCGGCGGUGCCGGGUGCCCGUCGGACGUGCCGAUGGACCGAGGCGCCAGGGUGGACCCCGUGCUGCCAGCCUCCGGCCCCUCAGGACCGCUAUUGACACUGACCCCAGUUACUAUGACUGCCCCAACUGGCCCUCCUGCCCCUACUCUGCCUAGCUGUUCUGCCCCUGCCCCAACUUGCCCUACUGCCUCUGCCCCGGCUGGUUUGGCCCCUGUGAAGGUCUCUCCGGUGCCUGUCCUCAGCCAGGUGGUCUCCGUGCCCCGUGCCACGCGCCCCGUGGCCAUCAUGCCCGCCCCGGGCCCCGCAGAGAGCCAGCAGCAGUCAGCGGUCUGCCAGCCCCUGGUGCUCAUGGGAGGGCAGGUCGCCAGGGGCCCCGUCAUGUUCCUCGUCCCCCAGCUGGUGACCCCAAAGCAGCCCCUGGCGGGCGCGACCGCCGUCGGCAGCAGGCUUCCCGCCAUCGCCCCGGCGCCUGGCUUUGUCCCUGUGGUGCAGAAGAGCAGCCCGCCGCCCGCGGAGCCACGGGUUCGAAACCACGUCUGCUCCCACCCCAGCUGUGGGAAGACCUACUUCAAGAGCUCCCAUCUGAAGGCCCACACGAGGACUCACACAGGUGAGAAGCCUUUCUUCUGCAGCUGGGAGGGGUGCGAGAGACGAUUCGCCCGCUCGGACGAGCUGUCCCGCCACCGCCGCACCCACACGGGGGAGAAGCGCUUCGCCUGUCCCAUGUGCCACAGCCGCUUCAUGCGCAGCGACCACCUGGCCAAGCAUGCCCGCCGGCACCUGAGCGCCAAGAAAGUGCCCUACUGGCAGAUGGAGGUCAGCUUCCUCAAGGACUUCACCACAGUGUGCCCUCCGCCCUUAGCUUUGCCCUGAGGGUCCUGGUACAGUGCACCCUACACCCUUUACCCUGAGGGUCCUGGUACACUGCGCCCUACACCCUUUACCCUGAGGGUCCUGGUACAGUGCGCCCUACACCCUUUACCCUGAGGGUCCUGGUACAGUGUGCCCUACACCCUUUACCCUGAGGGUCCUGGUACACUGCGCCCUACACCCUUUACCCUGAGGGUCCUGGUACACUGCGCCCUACACCCUUUACCCUGAGGGUCCUGGUACAGUGUGAUCUCCACCAGCACUCUAGGGAUAUGCGGAAAGAACUUUAGGAAGAUGGCUCACUCAGAGAGGAUCCCUACAGCACAAUAAUUGAAUUGCACUCAGACAUUUUGGGUUAGUUUUGCAGCUAUGCCCAGGUUUCCAUUGCAGUUCAGGUAAGAUGGGAAGUCAGGGAGGGCUUUGAACUUUGCUGCUGUUGGUACUACUACGUACUACUUUUGUGGGGUUUUCUUUUGUUUAAGAUUUUUGUUUACACUAUGUAAGACUACUGUAAUUAUGUCAGCAUUAUGUUUUAUACCAAAGUCAGGGGUGACCCGGUUGUAGAAGUCCCUGCUGAUCGUAAUCAUGACCUAUGCUUGUCUGUUUCGUGUCAGAAUUUUCUGAAGCACUGUCGCCAUGGUAAAGAGUCAAACGGCACCUGUUCAGCUGCAGAGCUGCAGCCAGGUUGGCUUGAGGUAGAGCCUAAGCUUGCAAAGCUGGUAUGGCACUAUUGCAUUUCCAUUGCAUCACCCCCAAACGAAGCACAUGACAUUGCACUUGCCUGGACAGGUUUGUGCACUUAUGGGCGGCAUUUGGACCUGCAAAUUGCUUCUGAAAUAUAAUAAUUAACAAAGAUUCCCCUUGGUAAUAUUGUCAGAGCUGGAAUUCAUGCUUCUGUUUGGGACAUCUUUCCUUUGCAAGUGAAAGAAAUGUAGCCGUUAGAUCAGGAGCAAUUUGUUUAGUACAGACAAAAGCUUCGGAAAUGCCUCUGCCUACGGUUCACUUGUAUGCCAGCCAGCAGAAGUAAUAAUGCCAGAUUGAGCCGACACAAGCAGCUUUAAUCUGGAUGGAGAAAGAAAUGUAGUGGAAAUCACCUCAGACCAAACUGGUUCCUGCUCUGUAGUAACAAUGCAGGGCUACUCUUUGUCUGUCACCUGGUCUCGCCAAACUGAAUGAGCAGAACUAGUCCUCAUUUAGCGUAGCAGUGUUAUAGUUAAGGGCUUAAUCACGAUGCAGCAAACUGCUUAAUGAGAGUCUGAGCACAAGUGACUUGUCCUCUUAAAAAACAGACUUAUGGGCGAAGUUCACACUUCAUUCACUUCAUGGAGUUGUUACUGUACAAUGCAGUGUUAAAUACAUUUUCCAUCAACCAGCAGUUUUCUUUUUUACAUUUGUUUUCAUUGGUGAUUUAUUUGUGUUUUUGGCUUGGAGUUUGGUGAAGGGAAAUUUUGUUUGAUACUGUUUGUGAACUGUGACCAAUAUCAAUUGUUUUCAAAUUUGCUUAAAUUAAGGAAUUAUCAUCCCAAAUUAUUUAGUUAGUUUUUUCCAAUCGCCUUUAGAUCAGAUUCCCAGAUAAAACUACUGAACUUAUUUCAUUGAAUUUUGUUUAAAGUGUUUUGAACAUUGUAACAAAGAAUAUAAAAAAACAAAACAAUUUUGACCAAAUCAAUAUUGGGAAAAAUAUCAAAGGUUAGGUUAUAUAAUGCCUGGAAUAUCGAAUGAACCAACUAUUUUAUAUUGAUGAUUUUGCACAGAACUUCUGAUUUGUUUUCUAAGAUAAUAAACAUAUUUUGUUAUAAA